UAAACAGGAAAUGAGAGGAACGGGAAAAUGGGGGAGAGACUGAAUAUUUGAGGGCACACGCGUGUCUCCCCAAUUUGCUUGGACAAGUCUCUUCCUUUGACGCCACACAGCACAAACCUUGCCGCCGCCACCUCUCUCUUCUUUCACUCCUUCUCCUUUCUCUUCUAUGGUUCCAUAACACUGACCUCAACCAUGCAGAACAUGUUACGAGCCAAGCAGAUUGGUACACUUUCAAGCAGUGCUAGAACUUUUCUCCUUGGUGGUACACGAUGUAAUGCAGCCGAUGGCAAUUCAUGCACUUGCUCCGAGGAUGAAACAUGUGUGUCAAGAAGACAGGACAUGAAAAAUGAGGUUUUAAGUGCACAGAAACCAUCCUCUGCUGCAUCAAGAGCCAUAUCUGGAGUAGAAGUGCUGGUUUCAGGAAAUUCAGCCAAUGGGCCAGCUUCCCACAAGAUUGAAGGUGCUGACCAAUCCACUUGUGUACAACAAAUCAGGUCUACUUCUAGUCCAUCAAGUAUACCAAACUCUGUAACAUACGCUAGUCUUGCUGAUGGUGUUCAGAACCAUUCUGCACACUCAACUCCCCUUAAUGCAGACCAGUUUUACAGGGCCGGUAUUGCAGCUGUCAAUUUUCUUUCUGAUUUAGUAAAUUAUAAGCUUCCUAUAUCAGAUGGGAUGGGAAUACUAAGCUAUUCUAAAAAUAUGGUUGAUCCUGCAAGGGCCCUACCCAACAUCAGAUCUUCCAAUGUGAGACAAAUAAGAAGAGAGAAUUUUACUAGUGUUCAUCCCAAACCACCUGUUUCUACUCCUAUAGAGCAGCCAUCAAACCAUACAAGUAAUUGUCAUGGUGCAAAGGGAAAAGGUAAAACAAACAUAGCCACAGGAUUUAAGCAUGAUGCUUCUUCAAGGACAGAGAAGUCAGGGGUGGCACCAAAUCUCCCUUUAAACAAUCAAGACCGCAGGGCCUUGCCACAGAGGACAAGAACUCACUCAAACCGCUUUGUGUCAAAUUCUGGUUCCAGCAUGCAACCUGAAAAUCCACAAAUGUCCACAUUUAGGGAAAGUUUCAAUAGACACCCCAGGGAUAUGAAAAUGUCAGCUGGAAUUGCUUCGUCCAACAGGCACUUUACAAACACAGGGCGUGUUGUAGAAAUAGUUUCAGACAUAUUGCGGCAGUUAAAGUGGGGUCCUGUUACGGAGAAGGCUCUAUCUAACCUGAACUUUUCCAUUGAUCCAUAUCAAGCUAAUCAAAUCCUGAAGAACCUUCAGGACCAUUCACUUGCUCUAAACUUUUUUUACUGGUUGAAGCGACACCCUGGAUUCUAUCAUGAUGGCCAUACUUACACCACCAUGGUUGGAAUCUUGGGCCGUGCAAGACAGUUUGGGGCAAUAAACAAAUUGCUUGAGCAGAUGGUCAAGGAUGGAUGCAAGCCCAAUGUUGUAACUUAUAAUCGUCUGAUUCACAGCUAUGGCCGUGCAAACUACUUGAAGGAAGCGCUAAAUGUGUUCAAUCAAAUGCAAGAGGUGGGAUGUGAGCCUGAUCGUGUCACAUAUUGUACACUCAUAGAUAUCCAUGCAAAAGCAGGAUAUCUUGAUGUUGCCAUGUCUAUGUAUGACAGAAUGCAGGAAGCUGGCCUUUCUCCUGACACAUUCACUUACAGUGUCAUAAUCCACAGUCUUGGAAAAUCGGGUAACUUAGCUGCUGCCCAUAGGCUAUUUUGUGAGAUGGUUAAUCAGGGUUGUGUUCCUAAUCUAGUCACAUACAACAUCAUGAUUGCUUUGCAAGCUAAAGCGAGGAACUAUCAGACAGCAUUGAAACUAUAUCGUGACAUGAAGAAUGCAGGAUUUGAGCCUGAUAAGGUUACUUAUAGCAUAGUAAUGGAGGUGCUUGGCCACUGUGGGUAUCUUGAGGAAGCGGAAGCAGUUUUCAUUGAGAUGAAACGGAAAAAUUGGGUGCCGGAUGAACCUGUUUAUGGUCUUCUAGUAGACCUGUGGGGAAAGUCUGGUAAUGUUGAGAAGGCUUGGGAGUGGUAUCAGGCAAUGCUGACUGCAGGUUUGCUUCCAAAUGUACCAACCUGCAAUUCCCUUCUCAGCGCAUUCCUCAGGAUGCAUCGGUUGCCAGAUGCAUAUAAUCUUCUGCAAAGCAUGGUGGCUCUUGGUCUAAACCCUUCUUUGCAGACUUAUACUUUGCUUCUCAGUUGUUGCACGGACGCACAAUCACCUUAUGACAUGGGAUUCUGUUGUGAGCUUAUGGCAAUUACUCGCCAUCCUGCUCAUGCAUUUCUAGUCUCCAUGCCGGCAGCAGGGCCUGAUGGUCAAAAUGUGCGGGAUCAUGUCAGCAAGUUCUUGGACCUUAUGCAUUCUGAGGAUAGAGAGGGCAAACGGGGACUUGUUGAUGCAGUGGUGGAUUUUCUUCACAAAUCCGGACUCAAGGAGGAGGCCGGUUCGGUUUGGGAAGUGGCAGCACAAAGAAAUGUGUAUCCAGAUGCUGUCAAGGAGAAAAGCUCUUGUUACUGGCUCAUAAAUCUUCAUGUUAUGUCUGAUGGAACUGCUGUGACGGCAUUGUCUAGAACACUUGCUUGGUUUCGCAAAGAGAUGCUGAUAUCUGGGAUCAUCCCUAGUCGGAUUGAUAUUGUGACCGGAUGGGGUCGGAGGAGCAGGGUGACAGGUACCUCCCUGGUUAGACAGGCAGUGCAUGAACUGCUGCACAUAUUCAGUUUUCCCUUUUUCACUGAAAACGGCAAUUCAGGCUGUUUUGUGGGGUGUGGGGAACCCCUAAGUAAAUGGUUACUCCACCCUUAUGUGGAAAGGAUGCAUUUACUUUAGUUGCUCACUGUAGAAUCAUUUCCCAUUGAGCAUAGACCCAAUUUAUC